CGUAGCAACCGAUAUGUGAUAGGGAUAGAGAUCGCGACUGCGUUGCCUCCGAGCCUGUACAGUGGUCUGCGAGUGUCUUGAUAGACGGAGCCGUCUACCAAUUGAGAGACGAAAGCACAAUGAGUUACGGGUACCCCCAGAACCAGUACCAGCCGCCACCUCCGCCGGGGUACUACCCCCAAGCGCCGCCCGCGCCUUACGGCAGCGCGUAUGUCCCUCCGCCGCCACCGGGUGGCGACACCUACCAACCUCCGCCCCAACCGGGAGCUCAGCACCUCUACCCGCCCAGUCAGCCCCAGCAGUAUGGCGGGAACGCUUACGCCCCGCCGCCCCCUCCUCAGCAUACCACCGUGAUUGUCCAGGAGAAGAAAGACGACGACUGUGCCAAGGACUGCUGCAUCUGCGCGCUUUGCAUGACCCUGUGUUGCUUUUGCUGCUCAGACUGAACCUAGCUUUUAAUAGAUGUGACAUUUUUUUUAAACAUCGUCCCUCGAAGAGCGCAAAGUUGUCGGGUCUGUUAGUGUAUGAUUCGGGAUCAUCGAGUCUGUGACACGCUGUACUUGGAGCGAGAGAGGGAUAUUUUAUAUUCUUCCAUACCUGAAUUAUGCGGAAGGAGAAAAUAUACUGAUCUUUCAUGUCGUCUAACUAUUACAGACAUUAAAGCGUAGGCGAAAUGUUGGCACGAAUAA